AUGUCGCAACAUUACCACACUCCUUUCAUCACCCUUCCCUCCCUCCCCAACCCCGUCCACAGUGUUACUUCCUUUGGCAGCAGGACACCGCAGAGGCUCUCGCGUCCUGACGGCCUGGCGCCGUGGGACGCGUUCGAUGAUGAGAACGAUAUGGGACCCAACCAUGGCAUUCCGCUGCCCAUCCAGCACGAGGUUGACCGCGCAGGUGUCCUAGUCGAAUCGACACCUCAGUGGAGGCAAGGAGUUGUUGGCUGGCGGAGAGGCCUCCCGGCCCCAGACGGCAUCAGCCUCACAGCCUCCACUUACACGAGCGUGUAUCCUCUCUCUUCCGACCCCUCCUUUUCGCGGUCUACGUUCUUCCUCGACUCUGAGCGUUCGCUUAGCGGCGAGAGCGUAAUCUACUCGGACGACAUGGGCGACUCUGACACCUUUGGGGCUCGAGAGGCCCCAGACUGGGCGCCGUGGCUGAGCCAUUCGGGCCCGUCGAGCCACCGGCGAUCACACAUGCUCGACGAUGUUCUGGCCCCUCCAUUACUCGACCAGUCACGACCCGGGCCCCGUCGGCCCAUCCUCAAAACGAGCCCGACAUUCUACCUCCCACCGCUGUACACUGACCAGCGUCCAACGUUUGCAAUCCCACGCCGGGCCCCUCGGCCGUCUUCCAGAACGUCAACGUCAACCUCAAGCACCUCCUCGUCCAAGACGCGCGACGGCUGCUUCUCGUCCUGCAUUGGCAGAAAUAAGACAACACCGCACGAUAAAGACAAGGGCAAGGCUCUUCCUGCACGCCGCCCGUCCAUCGCCCCACGGGGCAAGCAUUACCGCAUCUCGUUCGUGCAAGACCGCCAAUGGCGCGCAAACAUCCUUAAUCAGGCCGUCGAAGAGAGCCUCACGAACGCAAUCCUUCCCAUGCCACCUAAACCCUGCAAGUCCAAGUAUGAUCCCCGCCCGGCAACCACUCACCGUAACCAAGGCAUCCCCGACAAAGAACCUCCGAUUAUAAACCGCUCAACUGAGCGUGUACCGUCUCCCGCGGCUGGCCGCGGGCACGAUACCCUGGCGGGCCUUUCCUUUGGUACGACUGACGCGACGACAACUGCCACGAAAAGCACGACGCCCGGUGCCGCCAAGCUUGAGCCAGGGCCUGAGCCUGAGGCAGUCGUGAUGGUUUCGAGUUCCGAAACCGAAAACGCCAACGACGGGCCUCCGGAUUUACAGGAGCCGCCCACAGGGGACGUGCCCAGUUCCGUCGUGUGCCCCAGUCUGCGCCACAUCUACAUGUUCCCCGAGGACGCAAUGGAGCGCCUCACGCGUGGCGCUGCCUCUCUUGCGUCUCCCCUCUUACCGCCUGCGUCGUAG